AUGAAGGCUAAUGACGGAUUUAUAUUUAACGAUGAACAAAUAGCUUGCCUCUGCGAGGUACUUUUGCGAUCAAGUGACAUAUCGCCCCUCUACAAAUUGGUACCAACACUGCCAGAACGAGCAAUGAAGGUAGAAAGCGUGCUGAAGGCCCGAGCUUAUUUGGCUUUCCAUUCUGGUUCAUUUAAAGACCUGUAUAAGAUACUGGAAGAGAAUCAGUUCACACCAUCUAGCCAUCCAUCCAUGCAGUCACUAUGGACAACUGCCCAUUAUUUGGAAGCUGAAAGAAUGCGAGGGAGGCAGUUGGGUGCUGUGGGAAAAUACCGGAUUAGGAGAAAAUAUCCGCUUCCUAGGACUAUAUGGGAUGGUGAGGAAACAAGCUACUGUUUCAAGGAUAGAUCUCGCAUUUUACUACGAGAUUGGUACGCCAAGAAUCAAUACCCGAAUCCCAAAGAAAAAAGAGACCUCGCAAAGCAAACUGGUCUCAGCAGUACACAGGUUAGUAAUUGGUUCAAAAACAGACGACAGAGAGAUAGGACGGCCGCCGAUUUAGGAAUGUUUUGUCUCGAGUUUGUAUGUUUUGUAUUACGUUUGUAUAUUUUUUAUGUUUUGUAUUAA